AUGGAGGCCACUACCGCUGCCUCGACGGCCCCGCUCGAGCGCUCCAUCUCGCAGCAAUCCGGCACCUCGAUAAGGAGCCGUCGAUCCAACGCCCGCACCCGCAAGAGGCUGACGUCCCAGCCGCCGAGUUCGGCCUCGUCCAUCGCCCCCUCCGACAAGUCCCUGACCUCGUUUCCCUCGUUCUCGCCCGAUUCGCCCCGCCAAGAAAGAUCGCCUUUCUUCCGCGACGACGACGAGAAUACGGUGACCUCAUCGCGCAAGACAUCGGGCCAGAGCCUGGCCGUCUCGGAACGGAGCGAUGUGGAAGAGCAGGGACAAGGUCAAACAGAGCAGAACCAACAGCCAGAGGGCUUGCGACCAUCGGCGAUCGUCGAGCACCUCACGGCUACCUCGCCCGCCUCGGCCGCCCGCGGUGCCCUGUUCGAGGAUACGCCGCUGGCUUCGCGCAAGAUCCCCGGCGCGCUGCACCACGCAUCCGACGAGCACAUUGAGCGCCUGAUCGCGCGGCACGGCGCUGUCAACCUCGUGCGCCAGAUUGCCGAAGACCUGGCCCAGCGCGAUGCCCAGAUCGCGAGCAUGCGCCGACGGGCGGAGGAGCGCGAGCGGGCGCUGCGCAAGAUCGUUCUGGAAUGCGGUCUCUCCACCUUGGAUCUGGAAACUCGGUUGCGGGCCAUCGAGCGGGAAGCAAGGGCCAGCGGGGCGUCAAGGCGGGCGUCCGAAGACGGACUCUCCGAUCUCAUGACGGACGCGAUGGCCGAGGACGUUAGGCAUGCGCAUGCUCGCCACGCCGUCGACGACGCUACCAUCCGCGCAAGCUCGGUGCCGCUGCCUGCUGGCUCUGACUCCGAGGCCGGGAAGAGCACAGCACGGGGCUGGAAGGACUAUUUUUGGGGGAGCGGCUCGGCUAACAAGUCGAGUCGGGCUAACAGCGCGACCAGAGAAGGCAGCACGCUGCGGCCGGCCGUAGUGAAAGCCGCCCCGGCAGAGCGUCGUCCACCGCUUCAGGACGACUUAUUCAACCCGCCCGAGGAGGCCUCGACACGGAACCCUAGCAGGGCGUCGAGUGUGCACUCAGGGUCUGGCGCGAGAAAGCCGUCUCUCGCGAGCAUGGCGCUGCGGCUGGUUGCCGGAGCUGCGUCGGUCGGGCGCGAUGGGGAGAUUCGCGGGCGCGCAGCCAGCGCGCAAGGCGGCGGCUCGUUGAGGACAUCUUCUAGUUCGAGUGUCAAGACGAGCGGCUCCGCUCGCGCCGUCUCGGCGCAAGGCGGCCCGAAGGCCCUGAUGGCUAUGCGCCGGCCACCUGGGCCCAUUCGGCCGAUCGAAGUGCCACCGCGGACUCAGCCGCAGGAGCGUUGGGAUACGAUGGUCGAUACUCCCGGAGGCAACCCGAUCGUGCCGCAGCAGAGCUACGGCCCGGUCGAGAUGGACACCAUCCUUCCAGCCGAGGCUCAGCCACCCACCUUGACGCACAUCUACAACAAUUACCAAGGCGCAGACUAUCUCACGGACCGCUUCGGCUUCAUCUACGACCAGCGGAGGAAGAAGCGCCAACGGGAAGCCGCCCAGAUGAUUCGCCACGCGAAGAAGGGCAGCCGCGCCGAAAUGAUAUCCCACGGCCGGAGCGGCCUUUCCCCGGUGCUGCUGGAGGAUAGCGCCAGCGGGAAGACCAGCCUCGGAAGCGACGGCGGCCCUGGCACGCCCGGCUCCUCGGAGGACAUGCGCGAAGACGCCAAGCCCAAGCGGUGGCAGGACUAUCUGAAGGUCGCGACCUUCCCCACCGAGCUGCUCUCGCACACGCCUUCGAUCAGCGCGCAGGGGUUCGAAGUGCUGGACGCGAUCGAAGCGCCCAAGUCACCGAGCCACUCGCCCAGCAUCAUGUCCGAAGACCGAGGCUUCCUACCGUCGGCAACGACCACCGCGGCGCUUACCCCUAGCCCGAUAACCCCUAGUGACACCGAGACGCAUCCGCCAUCCGAGGGCGAGCAGCCUUCGGCGACGCUCGCGAAGGAGGACGCCGAGCCGGUGAAACUGCUGCUGGAGAACCUCAACCAGCUGCACGACACCCUGCAGCGGGAGAAGACGGUGCGGUGGAACGACUUCCUCAGGAAGGUCAGAGCCGAGCGAAAACGCGAUGGCGAGGCCGCGGCGGCUGCCGCUGAAGCUAGGUUCCAGCGGGCCACCGCCGUCAUGCCCGAGACUCGGCUCAGCGAUGGCGAGCUGAUUGGCGUGGCCAGCCUCGGCAUCCAGGGCAAAAUCGGCCGCGCCAAAGCCAUCGAGUUUAGAUCGCUGGUCCUCGGCGGGAUCCCCGUCGCCUACCGCGCCAAGAUCUGGUCCGAGUGCUCCGGCGCCAACUCGCUCCGCAUCCCCGGCUACUACUCGUCGCUGAUCAACCGGCCCGAGGACCAGGACGACCCGCAGGUGGUGCUCCAGAUCAAAGCCGACAUCACGCGCACGCUCACCGAUAACAUCUUCUUCCGCAAAGGCCCCGGCGUGCAGAAGCUGCACGAGGUGCUGCUGGCCUACUCCCGCCACAACCCGGACGUCGGCUACUGCCAGGGCAUGAACCUGGUGGUCGCCAACCUGCUGCUGAUCAUGCCGUCGGCCGAGGACGCCUUCUGGAUCCUUGCGUCCAUGAUCGAGACGAUCCUGCCGCCCAACUACCUGGACCACUCGCUGCUGGCGUCGCGCGCCGACCAGGUGGUGCUGCGCCAGUACGUGGCCGAGGUGCUGCCCAAGCUGUCGGCGCACUUCGACGCGCUGGCCAUCGACCUCGAGACCAUGACGUUCCAGUGGUUCCUCUCGCUCUUCACCGACUGCCUCUCGGCCGAGGCGCUCUUCCGCGUCUGGGACGUCGUGCUCUGCACCCCGCACGACGGCGGCGCCUUCCUCUUCCAGGUCGCGCUGGCCCUGCUCAAGCUCAACGAGAGCCUGCUGCUCGCCUGCGCCAGCCCCGCCGAGGUCUACACCUACAUCAACCACCAGAUGACCAACCACGCCAUCAGCAUCGACGGCCUCGUCCAGGCCAGCGAGGCCCUCCGCCGCCUCGUACAGGUGCAGGGGAAGGCGGAGCAGGCGCCGGCCGUGGAUUGGGAGCGGCUGCAGCCGCGGCUUUGGAGGGGGCUGCUGGUGGUGAUCAGGCUUCGAGGCUAUGCGAUACCCGGCGGUUCUCUUAUUGCUUGGUGGAGGGCGGAAGCAGUGGGAGCCAGCCUGUUCUUGCUUGACGAUGGCCGCGUGCUCGUGCCGAGCGUCAGGCUGGUUGGCUUGUACUCUGACAUUGAGGACGACGAAGCGUACUGCCUGAUCACCGAGUACGUCGAUGUUGGAGGCAUGUCCUCGCCGUCGGAGGAGAAAACCGCGAGCAAUGCAAAGGCGCCGGCCCAGAGCGGCAUUUCGUUCAAGUAA